AUGGCGUUACGGAGAAUGAAGCUUACUUCCUCCGUGGUUGCGACGACAAGGUCCAAUGUGUAUUGGCCUGAUGGCCAAGCCAGCUUCAUGGAGCUGCGUGGUAUGGUGGACACACCAUUUCCGUUCCCGUUCGCUCAGCUUAUCGAGCUCCUCCUGUUUGCUUUCACCAUCCUUCUGCCCAUCACGGCAGCAGGCUACUUGUACUCCCCGGUUUUGGUCUGGAUCUUCACUCUGACCACUGUAUUGGCGUUCAGAACCGUUAAUGAGGUUGCGAAGAUCCUGGAACGUCCGUUCACAGCCUAUCCAAACAACCUACCUUUGCAACUGUUGCAAUACGAGUUCAACUUCCGGAUCGCGUUCCUCUGCAAGGAGUUCUUGCUUCCAACCCCAGGUGGAUCAUUGCGCAACAGCACAGAAACGGUACCGCCAGCCACAAGGGGUCCAGCAACGGAACAGAAUGACAAGAAAGCACCAAGUCUUACAGCCGAGAAAGCCGCUGAAGGGGCAGGAAAGGAAUCGACUCCUUUGCAGCCUCCGCCACCAAUCUCUCAGGCUGACAAGGCUGACCGUUGGCGCAAACUUCUGCAGCAAAAUGAAGCAGGUCGAUCUCUACAGAAAGGUACAACCCUUGUAGCCGCAGCAGUUGAGAAGCUCAAAGAACAGGGGCUUAUAGUGCAGGAAAGCGCAGAAAGAUCCGUUCCAGUCCGUGAUGGGAAGGGAGCAACGUCCCCCGAGAAGGCCAAAACUGAGCCUGACAACCCCGGUAUUCGACAGAAGGCUCUUCUCCAGCGAGUUGGCGAGGACUCGGAUGAGGAUGUGAAGGCAAGGAAGGUCGAUUACGGAGCAGCUCAGGACCCGCCACUAACGAAGGCCCAAAAUAUCACAAGAACCUCGAGCAAUGCUGCGUAUUCCCCCGAGCGCCGUUCGCUUUCAACCGGGCGAAUUCGAUCACCACCAAAGCCGUCUCGCCAAACCAGGGAGCCGCGUCCUGUGGAACCUCUCAACAUCAUGGUGGACCAGAAGAGAAAGCCCGCUCCUCAACGCUCGAACUCCGAAGCCGGUAGCUCUCACAUGCCGGAACGGAGGAGACCGUCAACUGGGGGUGCCGAUUCCAAUACUCACAAAGCAGUGACAACGCAGCGCGAUGAGGAAGGCCCUGCCAAGCAACGCGGCAUCCGCCCGUCCUUCAUCGAAACUGCAGAGAACCUGCUCGAGUCAGUGGCCAGCGACAAAUCAAGCAAUAAGCCAGACCCUCCCAAGAACCCGACGGCAAACGGGCAGAAUCCGAAGGCUCAGGAGAAGGUUGCUUACACACCGGGUCACCACGGAGACGAGGAUAACGGCGACAUCUGCUUGUACGAUGAAGAGGCUGCGGCUACUCCCGCACCAGCGAAAGAGUACUUGCCCUGGUGA